AUGCCGCCGCAGCCAUUCAUCUUCAGCGGGUGGGAAACGCAGCAGCAACAACCCGACCAGUCUACUGCUUUUAAUUUCAGUGCUAUUGUACCAUCCAUAGAGGAUGUGGACCAUGACACCGGCCGUGAUCCCCACUCAAGAAACGCAGGACGGCGAACGUCAUCAGAGUCUGACUUUGAAUCUCCGGACGAAUGGAUUCACACUCCAAGUCACAGCUCAGUAGCUCCUUUUGAACCAGCGAACAGUUUAGGCAUUAGUGAGCGUCUGAGAGAAUUAAGCUUGUCUCCGGGCCAGUCGACAUCAACUAAUGCUGGCAAUACGACGUCGCUACGUGCUGAUACCUCCGAGCGACACACUUCGCUUUCCGACCCACUUCCCAGUCCUAGCCAGCUGGACCUCGACGGAGACCGAAUGAACACCGGCAGCGAGAACGGUAGCAAUACCUCCUCAUUGGAUGACGUGCCACAGGGACCGCUGCCACAAGCGCCUGUAUACGAUAGCGAUCUUCAGGCUGUUCUAAGAGACGUAAAGGAACAUCUGGCAAGCAUAUGUUCUGACAUGGAGCGGUGCUCUUUGAUUGCCGACCAAGAAUCCGAUCUCUCGAAACAGUUUGAGCAGGUGAGAAUGGCAAGUCAACUUGACUGUCCAGAGACCCGUACUGUCGGAUUUAUCGGGGAUUCAGGGGUUGGCAAGAGCAGAUUGAUUAAUUCACUGCUGGACAUAAAUGGUCUGGCCCGAUCGAGCGCUGAGGGCUCGGCCUGUACCUCUGUCGUUACGGAGUUCCGUGAUAUAGAUGCUCAUCAUCCCAAUUGGACCAUCGAAGUCAUCUACAUGGACUCUGAAGAAGUAAAGGAAUUACUUCAGGAACUUCUUCAGAGUUUCAGAAUGUAUUAUACGGAUGUCUUCCGUGAAGUGACCAAGAUUGAAGAACAAGAGCGUAUUCGCGAGCAGUCAACCAGGGCAUGGGCCACGUUCCAUUCAAUGUUUCGCAAUCAGCCAGACCUCACGCACGAAUUCCUUGCUGACCAGACAGAGGGCGCAUAUUCGCGAAUCCUGGGGAGACUUCAGCAAUGGGCACAGCACUCGUGCAGACAACGUCCCGGAGGCCCGGUGCUGCACCACAGUGUUGUACUGGGUAGCUUUGAGCGCUGUCAAUCUUAUCUUGAUACACUCACAACGGACUUGCAUGGUGAAGGACAGACAGCAAUCUGGCCUUUCAUCAAACUAAUCAGAGUGUACUUGUCCUCGCCAAUCUUACGCACUGGCUUAGUAUUAGCAGACUUGCCUGGUUUCCGCGAUCUGAAUUUUGCUCGAGUUCGUGCAACCGAUAGAUAUCUCAAACACUCCUGCAGCGAGAUUUUCGUCGUGACGACAAUAUCAAGGUGCAUCACUGACCAGAGUAUCAAUGAAAUAAAAUCACGAUGCAAUAAAGGACAGCCAAUGCGCAUCGUGUGUACUCGAAGCGAGGAUGUUAUAGCAGAUGAAAUGGCCCGCAAAUACCGCGACUUGGCUCCGCAGAUAGGCAGGCUAGAAAGACAGGUAAGACACGCAGGGAGCAGACUCGCCGAAGCGCUUGGGCGGAGCCGGGAUGGCAGCAGUGACGAUCUACGUGAACUCCUUAACAACAACCAUAGAGCCCGCUUUGAGCUCGACCGAUUCUUGAUCUGGAACCGGAAUCAGCGGAUUGAAGCGCCCCUGAGGGAGCGUGAUGAGGGCGUUCGUGUCUUCUGCGUUAGCAACAACCUGUAUUCUGAGCACCGUGAAGGUAGCUUUCCGUAUGGCGAAGACUAUCUUAACCUCAGUGGUAUUCGUCAGCUCCGCCAUUACUGCCAAUUGGUUCCAGCUGAGGCCCAAUUUCGCUUCAUUGCUACAUUUCUGGAACAUCGUGCACCAGCCGUGUUCCGAUCAGUGAAACAAUGGACCCUGACGGGUUGCGACAAUGUCACCGCUGAGAGGGCGAAAUCGCUGCGGCAAGUAUUGUUGGAUGUCGAAAAAGUUUUUCGCGAGACGCUUAUCCUGCAAGAUGCAGGUUUCCGAACAUUACCAAGAAGACUCGAGGACCGUUUUAACGAGGAGAUACUCAAUGUAGCCUAUGAACGAGUUUUCGAAUGGAGUGAAAGUGCACUUCAAACCAGCAGGGUGUGGCAGGGUUGGUAUCACAAUACUUACGGGGCCUUUUGCCGAAAAUACGGUACAUAUCAGACGGGAAGUGUCGGUUCUCAUUGCUGGAAUACCGAAUUACUGGAGGGCACGCGGACAGCUUGGGAAGGACCUUGGCUCUCUUUGGAAAGAUGGAUUCUCUCGCAGACAAACCAGUUGAAUGGUGCUGUGAGAGCCGCGUUUCAAAAAAAUAUUGAAUGUUUGAAUGACAAUUUACGACUGGCGCCGAUUGCAUUGGAAAACUUGAUUGACAACAUGAGUGACAGGGAGGCUUGUAUAAUCGACAGUGUUGAGCAAUUACUCAACCGCCUGAUAGAAGAGUUAAGUCUGAUAAAAGAAGACGCUCUCUAUGGCCACGCUAGCUCAUACAUGGCCGGGUUGAUGCGGCCUGUCUAUAAUAAGUGUAACAGUGACUCGGGUGGAGGUGUUGACGCUCGGCGAAAAGGCUAUAUGAGAGAUCACCUCACCAACCACACAGUAUUUCUUAAACUCAUAAAGGCCAUCAAUACUGACUGCCGCUCCCUGUUUGAGAAAACCCAAUCAGAGCUGAGACAAGUGAUCAAUCAGGAAAUGGCAAACCUAUGCAGCGAUCUCCAUGUGACUGUGGCAGAGGGGAGCGAAAUGACCGAAGCAACGAGGUUUUCAGGUGUUGCUAGCCGUUUACGUGAUAAGGUAGAGGCGGCUGAAACAAAAAUUGAAAGGGCUCAUGAAAUUGUUGGCAGGUUGCGAAGCAGCUUUUCCUGA